GUAUGAAGCACCGUGUUAUGUGUAGGCGUCAAGGGAUGUUGUGCUCCAUUAGGACCUGGUGACAUUCCCCAGUCAAAAGCAGGGGCGUCUUGUGAAGCCUGUCCAAGGUGCAGCAUGGCAACAGCAAGAGGUCGCCCAAUGAGUCCGCUACAUACGACGGCAGCCGGGGGACUCUGAACGCUCAGAGGAGGAGGAGCACGACAGUCCUCUUGGCCCUCCCUCGGACUAUAAGACCAGAGGCAGGCUGAAACACUCAGACCGCACGCACACGUGGAGCAAACAGGCAAAGAGGGAGAAGGACAAGGGGGCGAGACCAGCUGGAAGCAAAAGAGCAUGAAUCUGCCGGCACAGACCAGUCGACUCUAGUUGGACUUUUGGAAGGGAAGCAGGUAGAAACAAGUGAUAAAGUAGGAAGUAAAGACACACAACGAAAACAAAGAGUUUUAAUCUUGAGAUGCUAUUUCUAGCUCUCACAGAGUAACUGAAGAUUAAGCAGACUUUGGGAAUGUGGAGUUUUUUUCUGAUGUUUUUCUUUCGAUAGAUCAGAAGAGAAUAAGACAGAGCUGGAGUCUGAAUGCACCUGUGGGUAUAGAUCAGAAGACCCGACUUUUACUGCCCUUGACCUGAAGCUCAACCUGCUGAUGUUUUGCUUUGAGUAAAGGAGGUUAUAGACCAAGUCUGCUUUGCCGAACGCCACCAGUCGACACGCAUUGGGAGCAUCAACACGUUUUUGCUACCCAGUCAAACAAGAGAGCAAAGCCUUCUAGGAAGACCUCCUGAACGGGACUGAUCAAACAGCCAUCAAAGAUGACUUUUGCCAUGCUACGCACUCCACCUCCAGCAGGCCGCUUCUUGUACGGAGACAUCGGCCUCCUCUCCGAAGACGACGACGAGAACUGCAGCGAGGGCUCAGGCUCUGAGGACCGCACCAGCAGCUCCUCCCACUCUGCAUCCUUUCGCCUGUCCUCGUCGUCCCAGUCCGCCUUCCACAUCAAGGUGAACAGGAAGAGAAAGAUGUGCGGGGGCGCCGGGGUGAGCGUCACAAACUUGACGGACCGGCUCGGACCCCCGGGCUCGUCUCCUCAUGGCGAGGUCCGCCAGAGGACGGCGGCCAACGCACGGGAAAGAGAUCGCACCAAUUCUGUCAACACGGCGUUCACGGCGCUUCGCACGCUCAUCCCCACCGAGCCGGCCGACAGGAAACUGUCAAAGAUUGAGACGCUACGUCUGGCCAGCAGCUACAUAAGCCAUCUGGGGAACGUUUUGCUCCUGGGCGAAGGGCUUCACGACGGACAGCCGUGCCACGCCCCCUCGCCUCCAUUCUUCCACGUCAGCUCCUCCCCCACCCGAGGAUCCGACCAAUCGGCUCAGCCCAAGCACAUCUGUACCUUCUGCCUCAGCAACCAGCGGAAAAUGAACAAAGACAGAGACAGGAAGACGAGCAUCCGAAGCUAACGCCGAGGGCACAAACCACACGGACAAAAUGUUCACGACUCUGACGGGGCUUCAUGUGAUUUUUAUUACAACCACUGCAGCUUGAAGACUUACCAGACCUGUGAUGCGUUUUAAAGACUUUUGAAGGAUUUAUGUAGCACUUCCACUUCCUUUACAAGGAACUUUUUAAUGUUUCCUUUUUCUAUUACUUUAUGCGAACUCUUUUGUUUUACAGUGAGGCAUCGUGAACAAGACUUUCCAUGGAUUUUCACCAGCGUAUCAAGACUGUAGAGAAAAAGUAAAAACACAGUACUUCUAAAAAAAAAAAAAAAAAAAAAAGAAAUAUGGCACAUGAU